GCAGUCUUUGUGAUGAGAGAAUAAGGACUGGGAUUUCCAGCAAAAAAACACCCUUUCAUUCAAAGAAGCUCACAAGUAUUUAGACAGAUGCUGUCAUUGUUUGCUCAAACUAAAUCCUUGCACAAAACACUGGGGAAAAGUUGCUAUGAAUUCUGUAAAUGCAAGUUUUUACCAGAAUAUCUCUAUUAUUCGUCCUGAAUACUUUUUCAUCAGUGGACUUUCAGGUAUACCAUUCAGCAAUUAUUACUAUAUAUUUUUAUUUGUGAUUUAUUUUAUAUCUGUAAUUGGGAAUUCUGUAGUCCUUCUCAUUAUAGCUGUUGACCGGAGUCUGCACAGUCCAAAAUACAUUGGUGUGUUUAACUUGGCCUUGGCUGAUAUUGGUGAAACUAAUGCACUGAUUCCUAACAUGAUGAAGACUUUUCUGUUUGACUCACAGUACAUCUCCUAUAACGCUUGUUUGGCAAAUAUGUUUUUUGUGUUCCUCUUUAGUUCUGUACAAAGUUUCACUCUUGUUGCUUUGGCGUAUGAUCGCUUCAUUGCAAUUUGUUUGCCAUUAAGAUAUCAUGCUAUUGUCACUAAUACUAGUAUGAUUUUAAUUUUCUCUACAAUAUGGGUAUUUAAUUCUUCUGUGGUAGCCUCUAUGGUGUCUAUGAUACCUCGACUUUCAUUCUGUGAUUCCAACAAAAUACCAAGUUAUUUUUGUGACCAUGGACCAUUAUUUAGGUUGGCUUGUAAUGACGCCAGGUUUAGUGAGUUUUUUGCUUAUUUCAUCAGUGCUUUGUACAUUACCAUGCCACUGGUCAUUAUUGUCCUUUCAUAUCUACACAUUUUUGUUGCUUUGAUCAAGAUUACAACUUGGGAAGGACGGUUAAAAGCAUUGAAGACCUGUGUGUCUCACCUGUUGUUAGUAGGAAUAUUUUUCCUACCGAUAUACUGCACAUACAUUGCACAAGUUUUAAUUCCUCUUACAACUAAUGCCAGAAUCAUUGGCACAUCUCUGUCGUAUGCCGUUCCACCUUUGUUAAAUCCUAUUAUUUAUGUCUUUAACACAGCUGAAAUCAAAGACAUACUUCGAAAAGUGUGCAAAAAGAGAUUGACACCGGUUGGUGGGAAUAUUUCCAAAUGAAUGUUUGUUUUAUCAUUAAUUAUAUGAAGAUUGCAUGCUGGGGUUUAACAGAGGUAUGUAUCACAAAAGAAAAUAAUCAGAAAAUAUAAACUUUUUAAAGAAAAAACUAAUUAUUAUUUUAUUUUCACCGUAUUCUUGUAGUAUCAAAUUAUUUCAUAUAUAUAUAUAUAUAUAUAUAUAUAUAUAUAUAUAUAUAUAUAUAUAUAUAUAUAUAUAUAUAUAUAUAUAUAUAUAUAUAAUGUGUGCUCUUUUGAAUAUUUAUUCAACUGUUAUCUAACCUUUGUUUGUCAAUCCAGCUGUUUAAGAGUUUGUGUUGUUCACUGAAAUCAAGACAGGAAGAAGACAGCAAGCAUUUUGACCUUUUUAACAUUUCUUAUUUCAGUAGACACAUCAUAAAGGGUUAUCCAUAAUAAGUUUCAACCCUGUUUUUUGUUGUAUUUUCUACAAAAUCCCCAUAUAUCACACAUGUAAAUCAAAUCAAAUCAAAUGUUGGUCUAAGACAUAUAGAAUAAAAUAUAUUGUAAAUUAUCUACAAUGUUUCUGAAAAUGCCACAUGUACGUGAUUAAAGACUCCUAACAUGUUAUUUAUUGAUGUCUAGUCAUAAACUUAAGUAGGUGAUAUUUAACUCUGUGUAAAUAAAAGCUUUAAUGUGCAAAUCAAAUGAUACCACCUCCCUCUUUAAACUGUCAGUGUCUGACAGUCUGUUGUUUGUUAGUGUAACUGAUCAUUAAACGUCAAAUUUUUAAUAUUUAAAAGGAUGUCAUAAUAACUGUUAGUAGCUGUUAUAUACCUCAUAAUAAAUACAUUCAGUUUUAAACAGAA